AUGGAUAUUGAAGAUAUCACUACUGAACAUGAAAGACCAGAAAAUGCCACAGGUGUAUUAGUCAAAGCAAGAUUUAAAAAUAAAAAACAACCUAUGUAUGAAGAUUUAUGUUUAAGCAGUAGUGUGCCUGAGAAAUAUCGUGUUUUUGUACAAACAUGGGGAUGUGCACACAAUACUAGUGACAGUGAAUACAUGACUGGAUUACUAGCUAAGUAUGGUUAUCAAGUAACACUAGGCGGGUCACAAAAUACCCAUGGUAGCUGUGAAUCUGAUAAUCUUCCCGACUGUGAUAAUCAUAAUUCUAAUACAUGUGAAUGUCAAAGCGCCGAUGACCAAUGCUGUUCACAAGACAAUAAUAAUAAAAAUUCAGAGAAGACAAAACCUGGCAAUACAGAUCAAAAUGCUAAAAUGGAAGCACAUAUUUGGGUGUUGAACAGUUGUACAGUGAAAGGUCCAGCAGAAGAUCACUUUCGUAAUGCGGUUCUAGAAGGUGUAAAACUUGGUAAAUGUGUAGUGGCAGCUGGUUGUGUACCACAGAGUCGACCGGGUGCUGAUUAUUUAAAGGGUGUAAGUGUAAUCGGUGUACGUCAAAUUGAUCGAAUAGUUGAAGUUGUUGAAGAAACACUCCAAGGUAAUGUAGUACGUUUUCUGGAUAAAAAAUGGACCCCAUCAUCAUCUGAGUCGAAAGAAUCAACAAAUACUGCUUCUGCUGCUGGUGCUGCCUUAGAUUUGCCCAAGAUACGACGUAAUCCUCUGAUUGAAAUCCUCCCCAUCAGUACUGGCUGUUUAAAUUCAUGCACCUAUUGUAAAACAAAACAAGCCCGUGGUGUGUUAGCCAGUUAUCCAAUUGAACAAUUGUUGGAUCGUGUUAGACAAGCAUUUUCAGAUGGUGUCAAAGAAUUAUGGCUCACCUCAGAAGAUCUUGGUGCAUAUGGACGUGAUUUAGACCGGGCGAAUUCAUCAUUGAUUUGUCCAACACUUUCUGCGAAAUGGCCUCAUUUCAUUACACUGGCUGAUCUGUUGGCCGGUAUUAUCCCAUUGAUACCAGCUGGUUGUAUGCUAAGGCUGGGUAUGACAAAUCCACCGUAUAUAUUAGAUCAGCUGGUUGAAAUUGCUGAGGUGUUAUCCCAUCCUAGAGUCUACUCAUUUAUUCAUAUUCCUGUUCAGUCGGGUUCAGACGCUGUAUUAGAUGCCAUGAAAAGAGAAUAUACAAUUGAAGAAUUUUCACGUGUUGUAGAUUAUCUCAAGGAGAAUGUACAACCUACAAAUUUACCAAAUGAUGUACCUGACAGUGCACCGAAUGGUUGUGGACAGUUAACAAUUGCUACAGAUAUUAUCUGUGGUUUUCCAAAUGAAACAGAAAAUGAUUUUAAUCAAACUGUCCAACUAAUUGAAAAAUAUCAUUUUCCUGUACUUCAUAUUAAUCAAUUUUUUGCACGUCCUGGUACCCCGGCAGCUAAUAUGCAAAGAAAAGCGACAACAGCAGAAGUGAAACUUCGUACACGAAAAUUACACGAUUUAUUUCGAACUUAUCGUCCUUAUGAUGGUCGUGUUGGUUGUAAAGUUCGUGCACUGAUUACUGAACCAAGUUUUGAUGGUAAAUAUUGGGUUGGACAUACAAAAGCUUAUGAACAGAUUUUACUUCCAAAAGAUUCUAAUGUCUAUGGUCGGAUUGUGUUAGUUCAAAUCGUGGAAUGUGAUAAAUUCUUUAUGCGAGGUGAAAUUAUCGAUCCUGGACCAUUUGAUUCUAUCGUCUUUCCAAAUCAUCACUCUGGAGUUGUUGGCAUUGAUGUUGACAAUAGCCGCCAGUCAUUGUUAAGAGAAUCCUUGAAAUUGACAAAUCUACCAGAGUUAAUUCAAAAUACAUCAGGAAAUAUUCCAAAUGGGAUAGUAUCGAAAGACAAAGAGCGGUUAUUAUCAAAAUUAAACAAUUAUAUAAGAAAUGAUAAGACACUGGUAUCUCUGACAGGUUAUGCUGCAUUCGCUGUACUUGGCUUCUGUCUAUUCUUGACAGUUUCAAACACCAGAAGAAAUCAAUUAUUUGCCUUAUUCAGAUAA